AUGACGCAAAAUAGGGCUGAGUGGACAACAAGGUAUGAGAAAGGUCUCGUGGAGGUACUUACAGAGUACAAUCUAAAUCAUUACCGUGGCCAAAAUGGGUGGACUACCGAAGGAUGGAAUCAAGUUGUCAAGGAACUGAACAAUUUAUAUCCAGAGGCAAGGUUUACCAAGGAUCAGGUUCAAGAUAAGGAAGCUCAGUUGAAAAAGCACUAUAAAAAUAUCAAGUUGAUAGUCAACCGCUCUGGAAUAUCAUGGAAUGAUAUUGCAUGUGUGAUCAACACCACGCCUGAAAAAUGGGAAGAGAUCAUUGCAGAGGACCCAAAGCUCAAAAUGUAUGAAGGAAAGAGCUUUCCAUUGUAUGAGGCAUUGGGUGUGCUCUAUGAAGGACACAUUGCGCAAGGAAGACACUGCCUCACAUCAAGGAAGCCUCCGAUUGGCACAAAAACAGGUAGCAACUUUGGAGCGAAGGAUAAGAUGGUUGCAAGCACUAGCAAGAAAAAUACAAGACAUGGAAGAGAUGACAACGUAAGGACUUCUUCAAUAAUUGACAUCAAUGAUACUCCUACAUUAGAUGAUGUGGAUGAAAGAGAGAACACUGUCAAUGACGAGGAAGAAUUAGCCAGUGAAGAUGCUGAUGGCGAUCAACCACAAAUAAGUGAAUCAAGUGCAAAAGGGAAAAAAACUAAGAAACAAAAAGAUGCCACAUCUAUACAGCGGCUUGAAGAUUCCAUGAUGGCUUAUGUGAAUUUCAAGAAAGAUCAAGCUUCCAAGAAGGAAAAAGUGUCACAGCAAGAAAAACAACCCUCAAUUACAGAAUGCUUGCAGGUCUUGAAUGACAUGGAUGAUGUUCCCGACGAGGUCAAAAUCUUUGCCUCUGAUGUUUUCAAGGAUGCAGCAAAUCGUGAGAUUUUCCUAGGUUACAACUCAAGAUUGCGGGGUAUGUGGCUAAAGAAGGAAGUCGACAAGAUUAGUCCUCAGCCUCCUCCUUCUCGGCUUUCAUCUGGUGCUAUUCCUUCAAUCAAUCUGGUGCUCUGA